AAGAAGACGGAAGUGGGACAUCCAGGAGGUUACGCUUUCAUCAUUUUACAAGCGGAGAGAAUUAAAGCAAAAAGAAAAAAGAAAACAACAAAAAAUCGACAGGAUAACCUGAGAUCUAUCAUAAUAUGAAGGGAUCUGGUUUGCUGUGAACAGGAUGAGGGAGAGUCCCAGGAGGCCAUUAAUCCUCAAGAGGAGGAAGUUGCCGUUUCAGAGGAACGAAGCCGACGGGCCGCGGAGCAAAUCCACCCGGCGCAGGGGUCCCGGCCUGCCCGAUGGCGUCUGCAUUAUGGACCAUCCCACCAUGGCGGACACGCAAGUGGUGGUUAUACCAAAAACGGCAGAUCUUCAGAGCGUCAUCGACAUUCUGACGGCCAAAGGGAAGGAAAGUGGCCCUCGGGGGCCGAACAAGUUUAUCUUGCUGAGCGGAAAUAAUGGAUCGGAGGACGGCGUCCAAGCUCUUGGUGAUGAGGGGAAGAACCUCGGGCCUGAGGAGCUUGCAAGCAAAGCUCUCAGAUUGAAAAACGACUCGGACCGCAGUCUCUUGGAUACCAGCCUGACGAACAUCCAGUGGUUGGGGAAAAUGAACACGGACGUCACAAACGUCUCCAAGCCGGAAAAGAAAGAUUCCGAUAAAGAGAACAUCGAGGCCUGCGUCCAGCUGCAAGAGGCACAGCGAGGAGAUGGAGAACCGAGCGGCGUCAGCGGUCCGCAUUCAGAAAGGCCGCCCUACUCCUACAUGGCCAUGAUCCAGUUCGCGAUCAACAGCAAGAAAGAUAAAAAGAUGACCCUGAAGGAGAUCUAUACCUGGAUCGAGGAUCAUUUCCCCUACUUCCGGGAUGUCGCCAAACCCGGUUGGAAGAACUCUAUUCGCCAUAAUCUCUCGCUGCACGACAUGUUCGUCAGAGAGAGCACCCCCGACGGCAAGACCUCCUUCUGGACCAUAAAACCCGAAGCAAACCGCUGUCUGACCUUAGAGCAGGUGUACAAGCCUGAACUCGAUCCGGCAUCUCGCUCUUUCGCACAAACCAUGCAAGUCUGUUACCAACAACAAAAGCCAGUUGUCCCCGAUCCGAAAAGGCUGACCACUUGUACCACAGAAAGGAAAAUGAAGCCUCUCCUGCCACGUACCAACUCGUACCUCGUACCGAUUCAGCUUCCUCUGACUCCUUCGCUUUUCCUGUCCUCCCCGGCGGCGCUCCCUUUGUCCACCUCUCAGCAGAGCUCCUCCGCCUCCAAUCCGGUUUCGAAAUCGGGGUGCAAGAGGCUCUGUAUCGCUCCGAAGGUUUCCAAGAGCGAAUCCAGCACCGUCCUGAUCUCCACCCCGGUCCCAGAGAUGAAGGACGAGUGCAUCCCUGAUUCCCACAUCAGCAAACGUAAGGAGGCAAGCAGCUCGCGUCGUAAACAGCGCCUGGUCCCGCCUUCCACAGAGGAGCCCGUCUUGCUCUUCCCCGACAGCACUUUCUUCGACUCGGGCUUGGCCCUGGACGGCUCCACGUUCCAAGAGGUGGAGCUGGAGGCGGAGCCCCGGCCCGAGGGCGAGACCUUUAAAACGCCCGUCAAAGCGAGCCACCCGGCGUCUUCGACCCCCAGCAAGGCGUUGGAGCCGUGGAGGAUCACGCCGCUGGGCAAAGCCGGCCGCAGCGUGCUAGAUUUCAGCCCGAUCCGCACGCCGCAGAAGCACGAGCUCAGCGGUCUGAGCCUCAAUGGGACGCCGUUCAAAGACCUCCAGCUGUUCAGUUCGCCCCGUGAGCUGCUCACAUCCUGCUUGCGCGAGCCACAAAACCGCUCGCUUGAGCCACAGAACCGCUCACUCACCGAGGGCCUCGUUCUGGACACCAUGAACGACAGCCUGAGCAAAAUCCUAGUGGACAUCAGCUUCUCAUGUCUGGAGGACGACGACCUCGGCAUGGCCAACCUUAGCUGGUCACAGUUAAUUCCCGAGCUUAAAUAAUGGCACGGCGCAAUUUCUUUUUGUCAAGCUGCUCACCCGCUUUUACACUGCCUCGGAGUGAUUACUCUUCUUUUUUUUCUUAUUCGUAUUUUUUUUCCUAAUAUAAUAAAUCUUUAGAUUUUUUAUCUGUACCUCUGCCUUUCAUUCUACAGCCUGCCAAUCUUUCUCUAUCCACGUCAGUGUCUUCUUUGUUGGUUUUUCCGCUUCCAGCGACACAUUCCUCCUUAAUCUGCUCACUCUAUUUAUCUAUGUCUUGCUCUCCUUCUUCCAUCCCUUUACGCAUCUUUGUUUUUGUGUUUUCCUGUCCCUGUUUACUGUACAUACGUCCAGUCAGAGUGUAUUUAUCACUGUAAAAAAAGGAUGCAUGAGCGAGGGACAAGGGGACAAAACAACCAGUGGAAGGAAUGUAUUUAGGAAUUUUGCACAAUUUUGUAAUAUUUGUAUAUGGAUUUCAGGUGUGUAAAUGAGUUUAACAGACACUACUGCUUCUUAAACGAGAAAUAGACCUGAGAUUUCUAUUUUAAGAUGUACGAUUUGAGCGAAUAUACAUUAUAUUGUUAUAUGAUAUGAUAUUGGCACUCGGUGAAUUCUAUGGUUCUUGCAUGCAUUGGCUUUUAAAAAAAAAACAAAUUGCCUGUUUAUUAUUUUAACCUCAUUGUCAUCAUCAUCACAGUCUGUGUGUAUUGUUAAUAAAAUUUUAUUAAAAUCCUU